CCAAGACUGGGCAGCAUCCUCCGUGGUUGGGCUUGCUGAUAUCUUCACCAUGAGAAACGGGCAUCUAAGUUUGCUGCCGGGUCUCUUGACACAGCUGCUGUUGCCAUUGGGAGCUGCUGCCCAGAAGACUAGUGACUGUGCACGGUGGUGCCCUCUGAACUCCAGAUGUGUCAACACCAUGGCCUGUCGCUGCUCUCCGGGGUUCACUUCUUCAUCCGGGGACAUCUUCACCAACCGCUUGGAGAAUUGUGAUGACAUCGAUGAGUGUAGGCCACCCUUGGCAGUGUCCUGUGGAAAAUUUGCAGACUGCCAGAACACAGAGGGGAGCUUCUACUGCGAAUGCAGCCCCGGAUACCAGCUUGCUUCUGGGGCAAAAGCGUUCAGGAAUGAGAGUGAGAACACGUGUCAAGAUGUGAAUGAAUGUACCUCGGGGCAAAACCCGUGCCACAACACCACUCACUGCCUCAACAACAUUGGGAGCUACGAGUGCCGCUGCCGGCCUGGCUGGAAGCCCAUUCCUGGGUCCCCCGACGGCCCAAACAACACCGUCUGUGAAGAUGUGGACGAGUGCAGCUUCCGGCCGCCUGUGUGCCACAACUCCACCGUCUGCGUCAACACCGUGGGCUCAUACAGGUGCCGCUGCCGCCGUGGCUGGGAGCUCAAACCCGGAUUCCAGAAUAAGCAAACGAACACCACCUGUCAAGAGAUGUCCUUCCCUGCCUGGACCGAACCCCCUGGAAUCAAGAGCCAGAGACUCUCCGACUUCUUUAAAAGAGUCCAAGUUCUGCGCAGAGACUUCAAGCCGGCCUUGGCUCAGGGCACCAUCCAGGAACUCAUACAGGGGGUGGAUGAGUUGUUGCAGACCCCGCAAGACCUGGAGGCGCUGCCCCGCUCAGAGCAGCACCGUGUGGCCACGAACCUGCUCGCUGGCCUGGAGGACGUCCUGAGAAACAUAAGCCAGGCCCUGCCCAAUGGGACAUUGACCUUCAGUGCAUUUGCAGGCACAGACCUGUCCCUGAAGGUGCAAGAACAAGGAGACAGAAAUGUCACCUUGAGUCUGAACCAGGCAAAGAUGCUGCUGAGCUUGGAUGAGGUGCAUGAAUCUAGUGACUCAGGUCCUUCUGUGGUGGGCCUCGUCUCCACUCCAGGGAUGGGCAAGUUACUGGCCAAGGCGCCCCUGGUCCUGGACCCUAAGCAGCAGGCAGUUCUGCGUGAACGCAAGGAAUGGCUGGGAGAGGUCUCCCCUGUCCUGCUCUCAGAUGUCGUCUCUGCCUUUGUGAGCAACAAGGACACCCAGAACCUCAGCUCCCCCGUCACCUUCAUCAUCUCCCACCGCUCGGUGACGCCCGGGCCAACGCAGAAGGUGUUCUGUGUCUUCUGGGAGCACAGUCAGGAUGGAGGCGGUCAUUGGUCCACCACGGGCUGCGAGAUGGUGGUCACCGGAGACGCCAGCACCACCUGCCAGUGCUCCCACCUCAGCAGCUUUGCCGUCCUCAUGGCCCACAGCCACGUGCAGGAGGAGGAUCUCGUGCUGGUUGUCAUCACCUACGUGGGGCUGGGCCUCUCUCUGCUGUGCCUCCUCCUGGCAGCCCUCACCUUCCUCCUGUGCAAAGCCAUCCAGAACACCAGCACCUCGCUCCACCUGCAGCUCUCGAUCUGCCUCUUCCUGGCCCACCUGCUCUUCCUCACGGCCAUCAACCAGACCAAGAUCAAGCUGCUGUGCGCCAUCAUCGCGGGGGCCUUACACUAUCUCUACCUGGCCUCCUUCACCUGGAUGCUGUUGGAGGGUCUACACCUCUUCCUCACGGCACGCAACCUGACGGUGGUCAACUACUCCAGCGUGAGCAGGUUCAUGAAGAGAUUCAUGCUCCCUGUGGGCUAUGGAGUCCCGGCUCUAAUCGUGGCCAUUUCUGCUGCAUCCAGACCUUCCCUUUAUGGAACACCCACCAGCUGCUGGCUCCAUCCAGCAAAGAUGUUUAUAUGGAGCUUCCUGGGACCAGUCUGUGUCGUUAUCUCUGUCAAUUUAGUGUUGUUUUUCAUGACCCUCUGGAUUUUGCAAAGCAAGCUGUCUUCCCUCAACAGCGACAUAUCCACCCUCCAGAACACAAGGAUGCUGACAUUUAAAACGACGGCUCAGCUCCUCAUCCUGGGCUGCACGUGGUGUCUGGGCGUCCUGCAGGUGGGGCCAGCUGCCCGCGUCAUGGCUUACCUCUUCACCAUCAUCAACAGCCUGCAGGGAGCGUUCAUCUUCCUGGUGUACUGCCUCCUCAGCCAGCAGGUCCGGGAGCAGUACGGGAAAUGGUUUAGAAGGGUCAGGAAAGCCAAAGCCGAGCCUGAGAAUUACACACUGUCCAGCAGGGCCGUGUCUGAUGCCUCCACCCCCAACACGAUUCUACUCACAUGCCCUUCUCUCUCUAGGAGAGAGAGACAGAGCGCGAGCAGAGGAGGGACAGAGAGACAGGGAGACACAGAAUCGGAAACAGGCUCCAGGCUCUGACUCAGCGUCAGCAAGGCCAUGUUCCCAUCCCUGGGAGCUAGCUCCUAG